GGAGAGGUUCCAAGGUCCGGUUGUUAUGGUGAAGCAUUUCCCUGGAGGGGCUGGCCGUGGUAUGAACAGCAAACGGCAGCUGACUCACUUCACUUGCACAUAGGAGACUUCAGCACGUACACGCACAGCAACCCAGUUGCAGCCAGAAGUCCAUCGUGGAAACCAGCCAAAAAUUCUCCAGCUACUAAACCAUGCAUGAUGACUUUUGAAUAAUCAACUGUCACCACCGAAGGAUUAUUCAAAGCACUACAAGCCUUGACUGCAAGUCAUUGUUUGGAUAUCAGCUACCUAAAUCAACAAGAGACUGACACAAGUCUUGAACGAAGCACCACCUUUACGGAUCAUUUAUUUGUAUGGAUUAUUUGUCAGCUGUCCCAUCAAUGACAUGGAGGAAAGGACUAACAAUUGUUUGAAAUCCUCAGAUCGACAGUUUUUGCUUUGGGUGCAUUUUUCAUUUUUUUCUGCCAUGAUAAAAGUUCCAGUCUGAAAGAUGGCAAAGAGACACCACAGUCAUUCUAUGUAUUGCUCCUUUCUCCAAACACGGAAUUAUCAGUCAUCUGAUUCCGCUACGUAAGUUUAAAUCAUUAGAAGUACGUAGUUGUUUUUUUUUUUUUGGCUUUAUUUUCUUUGAUAAAUUCUCGCACCUAUGCAAUGGCCUAACAGACCUGUUUUGAAGCGUACGAGUUGCACACAACGUGAACUAAGGGAAGUCAAAAGACUGAAAGACUGUAUUGUGGCAAAAUGGCGGCCGACCACAGCGAGCUGCUGGCCGAGAUGGCCACCAUUGGCCGUCUGAAUGCCACUGAACGCCUCAAACAUGCCCAGAGGCGGCGCGCGCAACAGCUGAAAGCGUGGAGCCAGCUGGAAAAGGAUUCAGCGCGAGGAUCCAAGGCUAAAGCAGAUAAGAAGAAGAAGCGUACAAGAAAAGUCACCUUCCCGAGUGCCAUCACACUUCUUGAUGCAGCUUCACGCAACGACCUGGAUGAGGUGAGGGAGCUGCUUAACAAUGGUGUGAGCCCUGAUCUGGUCAAUGAAGACGGACUGACAGCCCUUCAUCAGUGCUGCAUCGAUGACUUUGUGGGUGUGGUGCAGUGCCUGCUGGAUGCGGGUGCUUGUGUCAAUGCCUGUGACAGUGAGCUGUGGACACCGCUGCAUGCUGCUGCCACUUGUGGACACACUGGGCUGGUGCAGCUCCUUAUUCAGGCUGGAGCCGACCUGAUGGCUGUCAACGCAGAUGGGAACAUGCCCUAUGACCUCUGCGAGGAUGAGGCCACUCUCGAACUCCUGGAGAUGAUCAUGGCUGAACAAGGUAUAACACAGGUCCAAAUCGAUGAACGCAGAGGAGCUAAAGAGCUGGCAAUGCUUGCUGACAUCAGAGAAUUAGUUCAGAAUGGGACGGAUUUGAACAGUCAGGAUGAUAAUGGAACAACACUGCUGCAUAUUGCAUCUGCCAAUGGGUACCUGUCUGUGGCGGAGCUGCUGCUGGAGAACAAGGCUCAGGUGGAGUUAAAAGACUGUGAUGGCUGGACACCGUUGCAUGCUGCCUCCUGCUGGGGACAAAUCCAAAUGGUGGAGCUGUUGGUUGGCCAUGAAGCCAGCUUAGAUGCAAAGUCUGUCCUGGAAGAGACACCCCUUGAUGUGUGCAUGGAUGAGGAGGUCCGAGCCAAACUAACGGACCUCAAGCACAAGCACGACGCCAUCAUGAAGAGCCAAGACCGUCAAAAGGGCACCUUACAAAAACGAGCGUCUAGUACCGGCAGUAGAGGGAAAGUGGUGCGUCGCGUCAGUGUGAACGAGCGCUCCACCUUGUACAGGCGGGAGCAUCACAAAGAGGCCAUGGUGUGGCAGGAGAGGGGCCGUCAGCCUGAACCGCAAGACGAUGAUGAGGACCGUCUGACGGACAGCGAGCUUCAUCAACAUGCUGCAGUUGGAGCCUCGUCACAUUCCGAUGAACCGAUUGCUUCUAUCGGCAAUAGCGUGUCAAGCCUAGGCAAUGGAGGAACUUCGGUGUCUCUGGCCUCUUCUGUGCCUGGAGAAGAGUGGAGCGGGGGAGGUCGCAUGGAACGCAGCGCCUCCUACCAUCUCAACCCAGUAUUGGGGCCCUCGGAGGACGAAGGCUCGGACAGUAUGAGUCGGGAAAAAUCUCAUCACACGUUAGCCGACCUGAAACGGCAGCGGGCGGCCGCAAAGCUCAAUAAGUACCCGGCGCCUCCGCCACCUUUGACUCCUCCCAUUGAAGAGGAGAGCGCUGCCUCUGAGGUAACUAGUCCUCCGACGGGGUCUCACGGCACAGAGGACGCGACAUCCCCUAGCCAGGUGUUCUUCACGCCAGCUAGUGGAGAUCCUCCUCUAUUGAAACUACGAGCCCCCGAGGAGGACCAGUCUACAAAGGAGCCUUGCUGUGGACUCAUGUAAAGACACUAAAGAUGGACAGUUUUAACACUCCUGGAACAUUUUUCAAGUGUUUUCUUUCCACAAACGUUCCUCCUACUUGAUGAUUAUCACUACAAAGUCCACUUUUUUCAUUCUCUUCGCUCAUUUUGUUUUUCACAAAAGCCUUACAAUAUUGUCAACAGAAGCCGAAUGACUAAAUAACAAAUUGUGAUUUAUUAUUAUGAUUGAAAACAUGAGCUUUAAGUUGCACACAUUACGGUACACGCAAAAUUUUUGUUCUCUCAACUACUCGUAUUUCUAUUAUCGCUGAGCUUUUUAUGCUUGGAAGCGGACUUGAUCAUGAUAGUUUUGUUGUAAUGUACAGAAUCGCAAUUCAUACAACAUUGUAAAUAAAGACUGUUACCUGCAUGUUUUCUUUUCAAUUUUUGAAUCAUAGAAAAGUCUAUUUAAUUUUGAAAC